AUGGUACAAGAAAAAUUGAGCAGUCUGACAUUGCAAGAGCCAAAAGACAAAUAUAAUGAAGUUGAUGAUUCAGAAUUAAUUGAGGUAAAGGAUAUAUUUAUUCAAUUGGCUAAUAAAUUGCAAACCAAAACUAUAAUAAAAGAUCCUAAUUUUGAUUUAUUUGAAGGAACCCAUUCUUUAGAAGUUAAUAACCCAAAGUUAGAUUCAAGUUUAAUCAAAUUAACUACGGAAGAAUACAAAUUUGAUUGUAAUAUUGCAUAUGGCUCCACUGAAGAAACACAGAAUGAUGCCUUGAAUUAUGUUACUGCCAUUACAGAAAGAUUAUUACGUUUAGUUCUUUGUUGGCUAAAUAAUUAUCAAACUUUACCAACGACAAUAUUAAGUUGUAGAUACGUCGAGAAUUUCCUUGUUAAAUGUUCAAAUGAAACAUUUAAUGACAUUCAUGUUUUGAAAACAAAUAAUGUUAUUUAUGACAAAGUUUUAAACAGUUGUGUAAUAGGUAUUUGCUAUUUUGCAAAAUUUGCUCAAGAUUUAUUAAAAUCAGGUGUUAUUUUCGAAGAAGAAGAUAUGAAUUUUAAUAUAAUGGGACUAGGUUCGUUUGUGGGUUUACCUGACCAACAAAUCAUAUUACAAUUGUUAGAAAAUGGGUUAACUACUUUGAAAGAAAUAAAAGAUGGAAGAACGGAAAGACUUGCCAAAUCCAUAGAAUUGACAAAAUGUUUCGUACAUAUGGAGGAUCAUGUCGUACAUUUUUCAACAGACAAUCAAUAUUUGGAUGAAAUGAUUGAAAUCGCUAAAUAUUUAGACACAAUAUCCACUAAGUUAGAACCACCAAUGGGUUCAUUUUCAAUGGGUAUUCAAAAACGACUUGCAAAUCAAUUUCCUCCCAAACAUCUAGUAGAUCCUGAUAAUGUUCAAUUUUCAGGUUUUGUGACUCUUGCUGAGCACGUUAAAAUUGUAAUCAAAGUGGCAAAAUCGGAAAAUUUCAUAGAAAUUUUACAAUUUGCAACCUAUUUUAAUAAAUUACAUCAAAGGCAUGUAAUCGCUAGGGCAAUUUUUCCCUUGUUUUUAAUGAGAGAAGAUAGAACUGUUCUAGGAAAAUAUUCUUUGGAUGGAUUUUUGAAAUCGCAUGUUCUGGAUUUGCCUAAGAAUGCUACAGAACAAAAUGGGGAUGUAGACACAUUAAUUCAACCUAUAUUACAAGAAUGUCUGAGCGUCUUAUUUGAAUGGUAUCAAAAUUCGUCCCAAAAUACCUGUAGAUAUAGACAAGGUUAUAACAGACAGCUACUGGUUUGGGAUUCAGUUCAAGCUCAAUUGGAAAAUAUGCAUUCUCAAUUACUAUCAAAUCUACAAUUACAAGUAACUAAUGGACAAGAUAAUUCUCAAUCACUAGAUUAUAUCAUGUCCAUUGGAGCUUGGGCUUAUUCCAUGAAAAUAACAUCGAUGAUAGAGUUCUCUUUAAAAGGCUUUGAUCUUGAAAUUUAUAAACCUUUUGAAUCAUAUUCAUUAUUUUGGUACAGCCAUUAUUUGUGCAAACAUUUAACAAACGCUUUGCUCUUGAUAAUUAGCCAUAUACAAAAGAAAAAAGAUUCGAUAUCUGCAAUGAAUAAAAAAUUAAAAAUUGAAAGCUGGGAAGAAAAAGGAAAACUAAGGACUCAGUACCAUAAUGCACUUGACAUAGAUUUACCUCAAUUCGAAAUGAACAUUGCAUUCCUAAAUUAUUUAUCGAAACGGAAUAAGAUAAACGAAUCUCUUUGUCUUGUAGAGAUAAUCCAUUUUGCAAUAUUAAAAUCGUAUGGUAUUAUUGACGAAAAAUUUCCUGCAAAAUCAAAAUUUGUUGAUGAUACCUUAUUGCAUAACCUUCGUUUUAAACCCUUUUCUUCAAUUGGUUCACCUCCUUUACCAGAAAUUGAAAUGUUCCAGAAAAGUAUUAACAGUUUCAUGAUCAAAGCACCUGAUUUCAAAAGGAAAUUAAAUGAAUUGUUCAAGUACGUGAAUAAGGAAUUAUCAAGCACCACCGAAAUGAUUGAAGAGAUUCUUACAUCUAUCCAGAAUGGAGAUUUGAAAGCCCCGUUAUACACAGGCACUCGCUUAGUAGAAGAAGAGGCUGUAGAAUAUUUCACAUAUCUUAAAGCAUCAGUUAAGAAUUUGGAGAACAAUUCCAACGACAUUGUAAAUAAACUAGGUGACACACCAAGUGAAGAAUUAAAAAGUAAAUUUAAAGUGGAACUUGAGCAUAUGCCAGGCUCAUCAAGAUAUUUCCCUAUCCUUUGCGUAAAGCCAAAUACACCAAGAAACAAAAAGCAAUAG